CACCUGCUGGCUUGGAGUGGUGUCGCGCAAGCAAUCAGACGGUAGGUGGCUGUGCCAAGAGCCUGACCUCCCCAUGUCUGCUACCCCUCCCCCCACAGCCCAUGACAGCCUGUCCUGAUAUAGAUGGACCUGGGACUGGUUUAAAAUGACAGUCUCAAGUUCUUUGAGGAAGAGAAGACUAAUUCAAAGCAACAGCCAGACGAGCUUCCUUUCUCCGCAGGAAUCAUUAUUAUACCCCUCCACCAUGGCCCACCUGGGAGCCCAUUUUGCCUUUAGAUCCCGCUGGCAGAAGACUGAUGAUGAACUCUGUCGACAUAGCAUGUCCUUUAUCCUUCACAAAGCCAUCCGCAAUGACUUCUUUCAGAGCUAUCUCUACCUGCUGGAAAAAAUUCCCCUGGUAAAAUUGUAUGCUUUAACAAGCCAAGUCAUUGAUGGUGAGAUGCAGUUUUAUGCCAGAGCCAAGCUUUUCUACCAAGAAGUACCUGCCACAGAAGAAGGCAUGAUGGGAAAUUUCAUUGAACUAUCUAACCCAGAUAUCCAGGCCUCUCGUGAAUUCCUUAGGAAAUUUGUUGGGGGGCCGGGGAGAGCGGGAACUGGCUGCGCCUUGGACUGCGGUUCUGGAAUAGGAAGGGUCAGCAAGCACGUCUUGUUACCUGUUUUCAGCAGUGUCGAGUUGGUGGACAUGAUGGAACCCUUCCUCCUGGAAGCCCAGAGCUACUUGCGGGUUAACGAAGACAAAGUUGAGAAUUACCACUGCUCCAGCCUGCAGGAGUUCACGCCCCGCUUCGGGAGCUAUGACGUCAUCUGGAUUCAGUGGGUCUCAGGGUACCUGACUGAUAAGGACCUUCUUGCCUUUCUUUCCCGGUGCCGAGAUGGCCUGAAAGAAAAUGGUGUGAUCAUACUGAAGGACAAUGUCGCACGGGAGGGCUGUAUCUUCGACCUGUCUGACAGCAGCGUGACUCGGGAUAUGGACAUCCUUCGAAGCCUGAUUAGGAAGAGUGGACUGGUGGUUCUGGGCCAGGAGAAGCAAGAGGGCUUCCCAGAGCAGUGUGUUCCGGUGUGGAUGUUUGCGCUGCACAGUGACAGACACUCCUGAUCAGCAGCGGGAAUGA